AUGUAUGUCGUCCUCUUCAACUGGCUGGGCUUGCCCAACAAGAGCACAAUCCUGCAAAGACUGCUGGUGAUGAUCAAGGCUGCUGAAAAGGUAUCGAGGCGCAAGACCAAAGAUGAGCCCAUAUUCGGCCACCUCAUCCUCGUGAUGCGCGACGUGAAACAGAAAGCUGCGGAGAUCGAGGCGCUGGUCAUCGACGACGAGGACGGCGGCCUGACGCACGAAGACGCCGAAGGCGUGACGGAGCGCAACCUCAUCCGGAAGAGGCUGGGCGACGGAGCGGUGCCUCUGUCUGAGGUAUCUCCAGGGUUCACCACUUUGCUCGAUGAGCUGAGGGACACUACCGCAGAACACCUCACGACCCCACACAUGUUUGCCGGCCAGCCCAUUACUGGCGGAGAGCGUCUCCAUGACAUCGUCGGAGGCCUAUGCGAGGCAGUCAACUCCACCGGGGAUAUCUGCUUUCCCAGGCCGGUAGAGCGAGAGAGUGCGACGUGCUACGGAGCGAAGAGGUCCAGAGGAAAUGAAACUCCAGGCAUAGAAGUGACUGGCGUGGCGGAACACAUCUUCGUGUCGCUUGUUGCGUGCGAUGGAACGAGGCUGCUUUGGAAACGUGUUGUUGUGCUGAUCGUCCCAGCACACUUUCCGCUCGAUUCUGGCCGCGCUCUAUGUGCAGGUGUCUUGGUGUUCAGCACGCGCGCGGUUACUCGUACCAUCAAUGACGCUCGUGAAAAGGCGUUCGAGCAGUUCUGUUUGUCGGCCGUACUCCGCGCGAUAUCUUCACGGAUCACGAAGGGCGUGCAAGAAGAGCUGGUCGAGCAGAUGUCGCCGAAAGCUGCGGUUGUGGCUGGCAGCCAAGACACGAAGCGUCGUGCAAGGUGCAAGCGCGGGUAUCAUCAGCCGAAGCCGACGUUUCCGGGGCGGCGCUGGGUUGGAACGCGACCCUCCAAUCGGAUGCCGUUCCAGAUAAAUGGGAACGGCAAGUCUACCGGCAUCGACGAACACGAGCUCGACAUGAAAUGGAACCAACUGGUCGGAUCCACGUUUCAGGCCCUACACAAGGAUUUCAAGAAGAUGACACUCGUCAACCGUGUGGUGAACGAGGCUCUGCUCCAUGAACUGGGCUGGAACCUAUCGAGGAAGUACGCGCAUGCAGGUGCAGGAACGCAACCGCACGGCGCUUGCACGCGAGCAGGACCGCAAGGCCAAGGAAGCCGCCGAGAGAUAAGUGCCAAAGAGCUGGCCGACCGAAACGCAUCGUUGCAGAGACAAACCGUGGAGGCUAUUCAGCAGCGAGACGACGCACGGGGACGACAGCCACAGCGACAGGAACAGGACGAUCCGAACAUUGCGUACGAGAACGCUCGCGGUGUAUUGUUGCUGCAGCAACUGAUGGGUGGAGGCGGUGUGUUCUUCAACCCUUGGGCGCUAUUGGUGACAUCAUGA